CACGGGCCAAGCAACCAACCAACCAACCGAACCCCUGCUCAAUCCUCAGCAAACCACCGAUCCAACACCGCCCCUACCAAACCGCCACUGCCCUUGAGAUCCCCUUUUUCAUUCUCCAGCAACCAUGUCCUCUACCGCACAUGUCAUGGCUUCCAUGCCCGCUAUGCCCUCCUUCUCUGACCACACCUGGGUCGAACGAGAGAGCGAAGGGGGAGCGCGCGGGGACAUGGGCUGGGUUUCGUUUGGAUUGCGGCGAUCGAUCGACUGUGCCCUAUUUUUUGGUCGUCGUCCGAAUGCUGGCCUUUACAACAGAUUCUAACCUCCUUCAUUCCUUCUCACUCCAAUCCCACCUUCACUUUCACAUUCCUCCUCUCCUACUACCUACUACCUCGCCUCUUUCUUUUACUCUUUCUCUCCUCUUUUCCAUUCCUUUCCUUUCCUCGAACAGAACCGAGUCAACUCUGUCCCCAACCAUGAUCCUCUCCCUCAGUUGGUCAAGCCUGGAAAGCGCGGUCGCAAGGGAGGCAACCCCGGAGGCAACAACAAGCCUAAGAGCCCCACAGCACCCAAGGGAGACACCAGUCGCUCUGAGCGCUCUCUUGGAAUGCUGACCAAACUGUUUAUUCAACUUCUCAAGGACGAAAGUGGAACACUGGAUCUCAACAAGACUGCAGACAAACUCCAUGUCCAGAAGCGCAGGAUCUACGACAUCACCAAUGUGCUUGAAGGAA